CCAUACUGCUGAAGGAUGUUUAUCCUGUGUGUUUCAGGACUCUCUCUGGAAGGGGAGAAGCUUGUGGAUGAGGAGGUGCUGAGAGCUCUUUAUGGUGUUAAGCAGAUAAAAGAAGUGAUGGCCAGCAAUGAGAUGACACAUGAGCAACUGAUCAAGACGCUUCAUAACAGCAGAGAAAAGAAGAAGGAAGUGUCAGUGAUGGCUCAGCAUGUGGUAAAGAAGUUGGACGAGGCUGAGCAGGAGUGUAAGGACACUUUGAAAACCUUGUGGGAUGAGUGUCAGCCUUGCCUGCAAGACGCUUGUAAGAACUUCUACAACAGCACUUGCCGUCGUGGCUUUGCUAAAUUCUCCAGUAAGCUGGAAGGCUUCUUCCACAGGGUAAGCACACACUUUGGCUUGAUUAACACCCAAGACGCGUUCACUAUAAACAAGAGUACAGAGAUGCCUGACUUGCAGGUGAAGAGGUUAGAGGACUCAUUUAACGAUCUGGUCUCCAAAGUCGACACACUGGUAACCCGCAGCAUGGCGCUGGUGUUCAAAUUCCACAGCAAGAUGGAUGAAACUCUGCAGCAGGCCUUCACUCCAGAGCUACAGGAAGAUAAGGAGAUGAAAGCACUAGACUCUGACUUUCUGCAGGGAUUAGGAGUAGGGCUCAAAGAUGUGUUGGAGUCCUUUGUUGACUUUACAAGCAGCGUGUUGGAGGAGUUUGAAACUGUGAUCACACAGGCAUUUGAUGAUCUACAUGGGAUCAUGGAGGAAGCUGAGAAAGAACAAGAGAAGCAGCUGCUCCCUGGAUUCCUUUACAGCAAGACGUUGUGUAGAGAUCUGCGCAGACAGUCAGCAGAGUGCUGGCAGCUCCAGAGCAAGUGCCAAGCCUGCCAGGGACCAUUCUUUUCUGAGUGUCCAAGCAUGCGUGAAUUACAUAUUGAGCUCAAUGAAGUAUCUGAGCUUCUGGAUGUUGCUAAGGAGCAGUAUGACGAGGUCCUAGGUAUCGUAGAGCGUCACACUGUGGACACCAUCAGCUGGAUCAACAACAUGGCUGCCGAGUUUGGCUGGGUGGUUGAGCUUGCUGAUGGUGGCGUCAUGGAUCAGAACAUCUUCAACAUCACUAUGGUGGAGAACGAGGACACGGUUAACGUGCAUGGAGAACAAAUAAAGGCUCCAGUGGCUGAUACUAAGGUUGAGGUGAACAUUCUGAAUGCUCCUCCUCUUACACUCACUGUUCCAGGCAACCUGCAGCCACAAGAUCCUGCUUUCAUCCAGUACAUAGCCAAUGAGGCUUUGGGUUUCUACAAACAGAAGAUGAGGCCAGAAGAUGCUUGAGACUGGAGUCUGGAGGAGAUAUAUACCUUUUACACUUGGAUACACAAAUGUAGCUGUAGAAUUUUAAUCUACUGUACAUUUUAACCUCUCCAGUACAUAAACUACAAAAUAAAGGUUUCAACAUGAUGGUUAAACACAGUAUAUCAGCUUAAGCAGGGUGUCAGACAUACAGUCCAUCAAAUCCAGUCCAUCAAAUGAAUUUCAAAUCAUGUUCAAUUGAAUAUUAAUAUAAUAACUCUAAUCGGACGGAAAACAAAUUAGUCUACAAAAGGAAAACUCAAAACCACAAAGCUGCUGACAAAAUAUGCAGUAAGAUCUCAAUUAAUUUACAUGUUAUAACUCUACAAAAUUCGGAACGGUUUGAGGAGCCGAACACUGUACAGUAAAUUACAAUUUAGAAAUUUUGCAGGGGAUGUUGUUUGUUUUUGUAAUAACGUAUUGCAGUCUGUGUAUAUUUCCGUUUGUGUAUUCAGAAUGUACUUCAGUUGUUCAUUUCAUAUUAAUGUUGUAAUUUAACACAUUGUUGUUAGUCGUCGAUGUGUUAUCGGUCACGUACAUGGGACUGAGUGUAACGUGGCAUGUUAGUUAAAAAUGCGAUUUCUCUACACAUCCUUGCUCUACAGUGUGGUGUAUGAUCUAUAGUAUUAUCAUGUGUUUAUUGAUAUGAUGCUUGAAUAUUAAAGAAUGUACAUUUUUAGUCUUAAUUUUUUUUUCAUUAUAAUUUGAACUGUAUAUGUGGUAGAUCUGUGUGACGUACAGUAACAAACCUGACCUAGCUUCUCAAAUAAAAUGAAGCUGUACCUGAAAA